AUGGGCGACAUCACCGACGCAACGCUCCGGCGGCGCCUCGACGAGCAGAAGAACAAGAUACGGACCGGCGAGUCGAGCGUCGAGGAUUGCAAGUCGCAGGCGGCGCCCAGUCCCGAGUUUGUCGACCCGCUCCUCGUGGACAAGCUGAUCGAGCAGCGGAAGAGGACGGGCGAGGCGCUAACGCCGACGCUCAAGCAGGCCGCGAGCGCGCGGUCUCACCUCCGCCCCACCAGCGCGCUCAAGCCGAUGGCGGCGGCUGCCCCUCUGCGCGACGGCACGCCAGAGCUGUCGGCUCGCGCGGGAGAGGAGGUGUCGAAGCUGGGGGCGGAGGGGACGCGCGCCAAGAUGGCCGCUCUCAAGGAGGCGGCGAUCGCCCUGCGCGCCGCCGGCGACAAGCUCGCGGCCGUCGAGAAGGUGCGCGAGAUCAAAGCGCUGCGAAGUGCUCUCGAGGAGAGCGAGGAGAGCGAGGCGAAGGCGGCGGCGGCCGGCGAGGCGAGCGGGGCAGCUGUGGAGUCGGCCGCCGUCCGGGCGGGCAUCGCGGCGGGGAAGGAGGCGGCGAAGGCGGCGGAGGCGGAGGCGGAGGCGGAGGCGGCGGCCGAGGCAAAGGCGGAGGCGGAGGCGAAGGCGGAGGCGGAGGCGAAGAUGGAGGCGGAGGCGGCAAAGGCGGCAAAGGCGGAGGCGGAGGCUGCGGAAGCGAGGGCGACGGAAGCGAAGGCGGAGGCGGCGGGAGGGGAGGCGGAGGCGGAGGCGGAGGCGGAGGAGGCGGAGGAGGCGGAGGAGGCGGAGGCGGAGGCGGAGGGGGAGGGGGAGGAGGAGGGGGAGGAGGAGGCUGCGCCUGCGGCGAGGGGCUCCUCUCUGAGCGGGGCCGUGCUCGUCUCGCUGCUGCUGCUGCCGCUCCUCGCCGUGGUCGCCAAGCAGGGGCUCGGCCUCGUGCUGGGCGGGGCAGGCUUGAGGGCAGGAGGCGCCUCCUCGCGCGCACGCGGCGACGCUGACGCCGGGCGGGCCUGCGAAGGGUGGAGGGGCCUCCCCCCUGAGCCUUCCCUGCCCGCUCUCUCCCAGCUUGCGCAAGCGGAGGGAGCCGACCCUCUCCUCGAGCUCUCCCUCGAGCGGAGGGAGGCUCGGGCGGAGGCUGCGCGGGCGGCGGUUGCGGCGCAGGCGAUUGAAGCGGAGGCGGCGCGGGCGGAGGCGGCACGGGCGGAGGCGGAGGCUGCAGAGGCUGCAGAGGCUGUGGAUGCCGCGGUAGAGGCGGCGGGCGCGGGUGCUGCUGCCGAUCCUGGCGUUUCCGAGGCCGCGGCCGAAGAGACUCCAGCGUCCGACAACUCUCUGCCGUGCGUGCAGUGGGCGGAGGCGGGCGAGUGCAAGCGGAACCCGGACUACAUGACUGUGCAUUGCGCCGCCGCGUGCAGGGCGGCGCGGUGA